AUGCAUUCUUACAAAGGGGACUUAUAUGAAGAUGUCUAUAUGCAUAUGCCACAAGAAUUCUGGUAUUCACAAAGUACAUAUGACCAUUCUCUAUUUACAAAGAAGGUAGGGGUGGACAUUGCUAUUAUACUAGUGUAUGUAGAUGAUUUGUUGAUAACAGGUAACACACCUGAACUGAUAGAAGAUGCUAAAAGGACCUUGCAUGCUCACUUCAAAGUUAAGGACUUAGGAACUUUGAGAUACUUUCUUGGCAUUGAAGUUAUGAGGUCUGAGAAGGGAAUACUCCUCAACCAAAGGAAGUAUAGCUUGGAGUUAAUUUCAGAAGUAGGACUCAGUGGAGCAAGGCCAGCUUCUACACCAUUAGAAGCAAAUCACAAGCUCACAAUAGUGGAUUAUGAUGUUCAUGUAGGAAACAAAGCUGAUCUUGAAGUAGAAGACUUGGUUGGGUAUCAAAAAUUGAUUGGAAAAUUAAUCUACCUCACCAUCACUAGGCCAGACAUUUGUUUUGCUGUCCAGGUACUUAGUCAGUUCAUGCAAAGGCCUAAACAAUCUCAUUUGGAUGCAGCUAUGAGGGUGGCAGCCUGUCUUAGCACCAGAAGGUCAGUCACAGGAUAUGUAGUGAAGUUAGGGGGUGCUCUUUUGUUCUGGAAAUCAAAGAAGCAACAAACAUUCAGUAGAAGCUCAGCUGAAGCAGAGUAUAGGAAUAUGACGAUGGCAGUGGCUGAACUGACUUAG